AGAGGGGACCCGGAGAGCAGUCCAGGCUCGGCGCGCGGCGGAGCUGCGGCUCUUCCUGUGGCUGGGGGGAGCGGCGAGGUGGACGCCUUGCGCCUCCUCGGACUUCCCAAGUGGGGGCAGAGCAACCGCUCACCGAGCCGCCAGUUAGAAGGCACAGGGAAAGAGGGACGGCCAAACUCCUCCUCAGCAUCUCCUCUCCACCCCCUUUUGGCUCCUGCCCUUCGAGAAAGUGGAGUGUGGCUAUUGGUUAUCAUUAUUUCUUCGGACUGCUUCGUGGUGCACGGAUUCAGCGGCUUCCCAGUGGGGUUUUCCGCUGUUGGCGCGUCUCUCUGUGUGGUUCCGCCCGGCACACCUCUGUCGACGAUGAGGAAAGGUCUACUGGCGACAGCGGCCCGCUGCGGACUGGGACUGGGAUACGUGUUGCAAAUGCUUGUGCUACCUGCCCUGGCCCUCCUCAGUGCCAGCGGUACCGGCUCGGCCGCUCAAGACGACGACUUUUUUCAUGAACUCCCAGAAACCUUUCCAUCCGAUCCACCUGAACCUCUACCACAUUUUCUUAUUGAGCCUGAAGAAGCUUAUAUUGUGAAGAAUAAGCCCGUGAACCUGUAUUGUAAAGCCAGUCCCGCCACCCAGAUCUACUUCAAGUGCAAUAGUGAAUGGGUUCAUCAGAAGGACCACAUAGUAGAUGAGAGAGUAGACGAAACCUCUGGUCUCAUUGUCCGGGAAGUGAGCAUUGAGAUUUCGCGCCAGCAAGUCGAAGAACUCUUUGGGCCUGAAGAUUACUGGUGCCAGUGUGUGGCCUGGAGUUCAGCGGGCACCACAAAGAGCAGGAAGGCCUACGUGCGCAUCGCAUAUCUACGGAAGACAUUUGAGCAGGAACCCCUGGGAAAGGAAGUAUCCUUGGAACAGGAAGUGUUGCUCCAGUGUCGACCACCUGAAGGGAUCCCAGUGGCUGAGGUGGAAUGGUUGAAAAAUGAAGACAUCAUUGAUCCCGUUGAAGAUCGGAAUUUUUAUAUUACUAUUGAUCACAACCUCAUCAUAAAGCAGGCCCGCCUCUCAGAUACUGCAAACUAUACUUGUGUGGCCAAAAACAUCGUUGCCAAGAGGAAAAGCACGACAGCAACUGUCAUAGUCUAUGUCAAUGGUGGCUGGUCCACCUGGACAGAGUGGUCUGUGUGUAAUAGCCGCUGUGGACGAGGAUAUCAGAAGCGCACAAGGACCUGCACCAACCCAGCACCACUCAAUGGUGGUGCCUUCUGUGAGGGGCAGAGUGUGCAGAAAAUAGCCUGUACCACCUUAUGCCCAGUGGAUGGCAGGUGGACUUCAUGGAGCAAGUGGUCUACUUGUGGGACCGAGUGCACGCACUGGCGCAGGAGGGAGUGCACGGCGCCCGCCCCCAAGAACGGAGGCAAGGACUGUGAUGGCCUCGUCUUGCAAUCCAAGAACUGCACUGAUGGGCUUUGCAUGCAGAGUUUCCUUUAUCCUAUUUCAACUGAACAGAGAACCCAGAAUGAAUAUGGAUUUUCUUCUGCUCCUGACUCAGAUGAUGUUGCUCUGUAUGUUGGCAUUGUGAUAGCUGUGAUAGUUUGCCUGGCCAUUUCUGUAGUGGUGGCCCUAUUUGUGUAUCGCAAGAACCAUCGCGAUUUUGAGUCUGAUAUUAUUGACUCCUCGGCACUCAAUGGAGGCUUUCAGCCCGUGAACAUCAAGGCAGCGAGACAAGAUCUCCUGGUGGUACCCCCAGACCUCACAUCGGCCGCAGCCAUGUACAGAGGACCUGUCUAUGCUUUGCAUGAUGUCUCAGACAAAAUCCCAAUGACUAACUCUCCAAUUCUGGAUCCACUGCCCAACCUGAAAAUCAAAGUCUACAACACCUCAGGUGCAGUCACCCCCCAAGAUGACCUCUCUGAGUUCGCAUCAAAGCUGUCUCCUCAGAUGACCCAGUCCUUGUUGGAGAAUGAGGCCCUCAAUGUGAAGAAUCAGAGUCUAGCGAGGCAGACUGACCCAUCCUGUACUGCGUUUGGCACCUUCAACUCUCUGGGGGGUCACCUCAUUGUUCCUAAUUCAGGAGUAAGCUUGCUGAUUCCCGCUGGGGCCAUUCCCCAAGGGAGAGUCUACGAAAUGUAUGUGACUGUACACAGGAAAGAAAAUAUGAGGCCACCCAUGGAAGACACCCAGACACUCUUGACCCCUGUGGUGAGCUGUGGGCCUCCUGGAGCUCUGCUGACCCGCCCUGUUAUUCUCACUAUGCAUCACUGCGCAGAUCCCAAUACCGAAGACUGGAAGAUACAGCUCAAGAACCAGGCAGCACAGGGACAGUGGGAGGAUGUGGUGGUGGUUGGGGAGGAGAACUUCACCACCCCCUGCUACAUUCAGCUGGAUGCAGAGGCUUGCCACCUCCUCACAGAGAACCUUAGCACCUAUGCCCUGGUCGGGCAGUCCACCACCAAAGCUGCUGCAAAGCGCCUGAAGCUGGCCAUCUUCGGGCCACUUUGCUGCUCCUCUCUGGAGUACAGUGUUCGAGUCUACUGUCUGGACGAUACGCAGGAUGCCCUGAAGGAAGUACUGCAGCUUGAGAGACAGAUGGGAGGACAGCUCUUAGAAGAACCUAAGGCUCUUCAUUUUAAAGGCAGCACCCACAACCUGCGCCUGUCGAUUCACGAUAUCGCCCAUUCGCUCUGGAAAAGUAAAUUGCUGGCCAAAUACCAGGAAAUUCCUUUUUAUCAUAUCUGGAGUGGGUCUCAAAGAAACCUCCACUGCACAUUCACCCUGGAAAGAUUUAGCCUGAACACAGUAGAGCUGGUCUGCAAACUCUGCGUGCGGCAGGUGGAAGGAGAAGGGCAGAUCUUCCAGCUCAACUGCACCGUGUCAGAGGAACCCACUGGCAUUGAUCUGCCUCUGCUGGACCCAGCGAGCACCAUCACCACCAUGACUGGCCCCGGCGCUUUCAGCAUUCCUCCCCCCAUCCGGCAGAAGCUCUGUAGCAGCCUGGACGCCCCACAGACCAGAGGGCAUGACUGGAGGAUGCUGGCCCAUAAGCUGAACCUGGACAGGUACUUGAAUUACUUUGCCACCAAAUCCAGCCCAACUGGCGUAAUCCUGGAUCUCUGGGAAGCACAGAACUUCCCAGAUGGAAACUUGAGCAUGCUGGCGGCCGUCCUGGAAGAAAUGGGAAGGCAUGAAACAGUAGUAUCGUUAGCAGCAGAAGGACAGUACUGACCCACGCCAGAACUGGAAAUGAAGGGCGGGAAUGCACCGGGGGUCUGUGGCCAUCCAGGGCUUGGCCUUUGAGAAGGAAAUCCAGAAUGGACCACGACCGAUGAGUUUCACAGGCAAGACUGCAAGCGGGAGAGAGAAGGAAAGCAGACACCACUGCGGGACAGACACGCCCACUUCACCAGGACAUCCUCACAGGAGUUAAGAACAAUUGUGUAAAUUUGUACUUUGACUUUAGAAAUCGACCUAAUUUUCCUCUUAGUUGGGCUGUAUGCUGUGUGGUACAGGAUCUUACAGUUUCCUAGGAAACGCUUUUUAUUGCUAUCCAGGUAUAUGGAUAAACUUUCUUAACAAACCCAAUUUCUACAAACGUUGUUUACAUCAAAUUGGACAGGGAGGCAGACGCUGUCCAUGGCUCGUUCUAUUUUUGUUUAAAUCAUUUGAAGUUGAAGCUGUGGACGGUUUGUUGUGUCUAUUCAGAUGAGUAAUUCACAGAGAAAUCACAGACUUUUGCUACAAACUGUGUACAACAAGUGUCUCAGAUAACCCUCCCAUCGGUGUUCUGUUUCUAGAACUUGUAGAACCAGUGUUACUGUUUGUAUCAGGGAAGUGGAGAAUCUAAGUAUAAAGGAGAAAUAACUAAUAUUCCUUAUUCCUCGAGGGUACCUGUCUGGUCACCCUCUGGGAACAAAGCUGUAGCAUUGCAGGGAAGACAGUGAUUCAUGUUUAACCACACGAACAAGCAUUUCUUCACCACAUAUGUAUUUGUAAGAUGCAAUUUGAAGUGGUUUUUUUUUUUAUAAAGAAAGGUAUCAUUAUUAUUAUCACUAUUAUUAUUAUUGAUGAGUAUUUACAAGUAUCUAAGUAAAAGGAUUUUCUUUUAAUUUGUUUUUGUUAGCAGUACCGUUAGUAUUUAGAUAUUGACUAGACCUGCCUCACCUUCUGAUGGAAUAAGGUGGUCAUGGUCACGAGUUUAUAACAGGCUUUGCCUCCUUAAGCUCUUAUCUUUCUUGCCUCCUUCUGCCCCAGAAACAUAGUCAAUGCUCACUGCCUUUGUCAGUCUCUUCCCUCAGCUGGCUCAGGAAAGGUCUUCCUCCUCCAAGUCUUGUUGUGAGAAGCAUUCCCUACCGAAGUUCACUGAACAUUGUGGUUCUGUGACCUCCCGGGUACUCUGUCCACUUGAGAGGCUGUGCGCGUGGAGGACAGCCAGCCUCUGAGCUGGCAACUGGAAAACCGGUUCUCGUUCCGGGUGUGUAACUAAAUAGCUGUGUUCCCCUGGGAAAGUUAUUUAACCUCACUGGACCUCAGUUCCCUCACAUGUCUAAUGAAGGGGUGGCAGUAGUAGGUCUUCUCAAGGUUCUAAAAUGCUGAUCUCCUACAGUGAUGUCUCUAGUCUCCUUCAUCAGUCCGAGGACCACCAUGGACUCUGACCUCGAUCACUGAAGGAGUCAGCUAGUCUCUUGCCCAGGCUAUAGUCUACCUUCCAAACAGUUCCAGCUUGGAAGAGGAGGAUUCUAACCUGUAACCUAUUUCUCACACUUUCAAGCCUUGUCUUUGAUAGCUUGCCAAGAGAUAGCAUCCCUUUAUUAUCAUUUUCUUUCCUUUCUUGGGACCACUUGUCCUCCUGACUGAUUGCAAAUUAUGUUCUAUUAUUGUCUUAAUCAGACUUUUUUAAAUUAAAAAAAUUAACUGAGAAGUAAGUAGUCGAAAGACUACUGUGUAUAAACUAUGGUAUUUCCUUAGAACUGUCACGGGCUCUUUGUUUUAACCCAGGGACUCAAUUCAUUCAGCAAGUGGGAAAUAAAGGGUCUGCAGCCCAGUAGCCAAAACACGAUUGACUACAAGCACGGAUAUGGGUGAAUCAGAACCUUUGGAACAUGGCUGUGGUCGACUUUUGGGCUGGAGGUAUACACGUUGCUGACUGGAGUUGAAUUAGAAAUCAUUCUGUAUGUUUUCCUCCUUCUUUACACGUGUAUGUCCUCUUCUAUUUUGCUGACUUCUUGAUAUUCCCAAGACUCCUCCAUCCCCCUCAUUGAGGAACUACUGAUAAUCUGGUAUGGAGCCUCUGUUCUCACCCUUUCUGUUUUCUUAUCUUCUGUCUCUCUCAGGCCACCCUCUGCAUCACACAUCCAUAUAUGCUAUGUUAAUGUGAAAGGAAGAGUUUGCAGUAGUAAGUUCAGUGGAUAAUGUUUGCACCAACGUGUAUUUGACCAAAAUUUAUGUAUUCUACAUAAAAAGAUUUUUAAAUACAUAUUUUUUUAAAAGGAGGGGGAGGAGGAAAGAGAGCUAUUGCCCAUUACUUCAAUUUGAAAUAACUUCUCAAGAUUUGCUCAUCGCUCCUGGCUUGGGAUCUGUCAUCUACAGAAAUCAAGAAUUAGAAAUCUGAAGAAUGCUCAGAAGAGCUUCCAUGCCUUGUGAAAAGGGAAGAGUGUUGAUUCCUUCUACGUGAGGUACUCAUCUGUCAUAGAACCUGUUAUGUUCCCCGUCGAGUGAAUGGCAACUCCCUUACAUCCAACACACCAUUUAUGUCCAAUAAUUUUCACUACGAAUUCUGAUUUCCCUCUCCGUUGGAGUAAAAUAAUAGCUGUUAGAUUGCUCUCAAACUUAGAAGGUCCGGAUUCAACAGUUCAUUUCAUAGAGAGCCGCUUCAUCAUUCUAUGUGACAUGUCCCGCCUUUGAUUCCUAGGGCUUCCAUAUGGCUUAUGGGGAAAGACCAGCUUACUUCCUUUGGACUGGAAAAAGCCCCACCUAUCACUUGUGCAUGGUGCCAUCUAGUGGUGCACAAUGCAAUCUACCCUGAAUUUAACAAAAAUUCACUAAAAGUUAACAAAGGGAAUUAAUAGCUGAAGAGUCAACAGGAACUUUAUGGCAGAUAGCUGUGGGUAAAUUUUCACUUCAAAUAUAUAGUUUUCUUAUUGUUACACUCAUUCCAAAAUUACAUCGAGGCUAGUAUGUCAUCAACUCCUUCACACAACCACAGGUCUGGAGUUGGUUUUGGUAAUAGAAAUGACAGAACUACAUAAAUAUCUGUAUAAAACAGUUUCUGAAGAGUUGUCAUUUUGAACAUUUACAUUUUUUUCUAAAGAUUUUAUUUAUUUAUUUGAAAGACAGAGAUCACAAGUAGGCAGAGAGGCAGGCUGUGGGGGUGGGGGGAGCAGGCUCCCUGCUGA